AAGCACAAGGAACAAAGAAAACGGGCAUUAAUAAUUAUUAGGUAAUAAAAAAAACUGCGAACUUUUUUCUUUUUCAGCGGUUACAAUGCAUAAAUAGGGAAUCAAUACUAGAGAAAAAACGCUCGCAUCACCACCGUCUCACUCGGUCGUGCCACCUGGGCACAGGGCACCACCGUCUCUGAAACCCUAGCGGCGCUACAAGAAUAAUCUUCACGUUCGAACAGGUGCUAGGUGGUGUUGCCGAACUAAGUUCAGUCUUUAAGAACCAUUUGACGUUUUCAUUUGGAUCACUUGGAUCACGACUUUAUCAUAAAAAGGGGGAAAAGAGGAAGAUCUUGAGAAGAUUUUGACAAGGUGGAAUAAGACAUUCUGGGAAAGCAAAUUAGAGUAUGGAUCAACUACCGGAAGGAGUACCACCAUUUAUACAUAUUUCUCAAAAUGAACUUUUCGGCCUAAAACGCAAAAAACUGAAAGAAGAGGAUAUUGCCAUUUGUGAGUGUGUCUAUGAUGAAACGAAUCCUGAAAGUGCAUGUGGAGAAAGGUGUUUGAAUGUAUUAACCAGCACAGAGUGCACGGAUGGGUACUGCCCUUGCAGGCAACACUGCAGGAAUCAGAAAUUUCAGAAAUGUGAAUAUGCUAGAACAAAGUUGUUUAAAACCGAAGGGCGUGGUUGGGGGCUUCUAGCUGACGAGAAUAUAAAGGCUGGACAGUUUGUCAUUGAGUAUUGUGGAGAAAUAAUCUCAUCAGCAGAAGCAGAGAAACGGUCCCAAGCUUAUGAAACUCUAGGUCUUAAAGAUGCGUACAUAAUUUCUCUAAAUGCCAAUUGUUUUAUUGAUGCUACAAGGAAAGGAAGCCUUGCAAGAUUUAUAAAUCAUUCAUGUCAACCAAAUUGCGAGACCAGAAAGUGGACUGUGCUGGGGGAAACAAGGGUUGGGAUAUUUGCAAAGAAAGAUAUUUCUGUUGGAAAUGAACUGGCCUAUGACUACAAUUUUGAAUGGUAUGGUGGUGCCACUGUUCGCUGUUUAUGUGGGGCUGCUAACUGUUCUUUAUUUCUCGGUGCAAAGUCCCAUGGUUUCCAGGAGUAUAACCAUGUAUGGGAAGAUGGUGAUGACAGAUAUACAGUUGAAAAAAUUCCGCUCUAUGACUCAGCUGAGGAUGAGCAAUUUUCCUCUUAUGGUACUAGCCCAUCUGAACGUGAAUUGGCAGCUGGUGAAGAAGAUGAGUACUCUGAGGUCAUGGGUGGUAUCAAGGGGUCUGAAAUUAAAUCAGAGGCUGAUAGUACUAUGGGAUCAAGUUAUAUAGUUCCCAUGGAAGGUGUGGUGGCAAAAUCUGUGGAGAGAGGAAGUAGCAAGGAAGCAAAAGCCUUUACAGAAACUACUGCAAUUAUAUCUCGCAUCCCGAGUAAUAGUGCAGGUCUGAAGUUUAAAACUGGACCAAGUUCUAUUUCAAAUAAAAAAUCACAGCAUACUCCCAGGGGAAGAGCAAAAUUUUCUGGUAGAAAACAAGUCAGCUCCAAACCUGUUGCUGAACUAUUUGCAUCAAAGGAAGUACAGGCUGAAAUAACCAAAUAUGAGGAAAGGAAAAAUAAAGCCAAUGCCGAUCUCAAUUCUGUGUACGAUGAAAUACGUCCCAUUAUUGAAAAACACGAGGGCGACAGUCAAGAUAGCGUACCUACAAGUGUUGCAAUGAAGUGGAUAGACGCAACCUGCGCCAAGUAUAAAGCGGACUUCAACUUUCACUUCUCCAUCAUAAAGAACGUCAUGUGCCCUUCAAUACUUGCCGAAAAUGAAGCAAAACUUUCUCCAGGAGAUGGCCAGAAUGAAACAAAGUAAUUGACGAGCUACAAUUCUCAUUUGCGAGAUAUUUUAUCCAACAGUUUUAGUGACUUAUACAUUAGGUUUCACAGAAAAUUUCCCCAUAUGAAGUUUUAGGUGUAGUGAAAUUAAACAUCAACUUUCAAGACAGACGGGCUUAAUAAAAGAAAAUGGAGUUUUAGGUACAUGAUGAGUGGUACAAUUAUUUUGGUGUAAAUUUAGCCAUGUUUGGCUCCCAUUUUGUGGGAAAAUCAAUGGGUGGAAUAACAUUUUUUUU